AUGGCAAGGACCAUUGCUGGGGAACAUAACACGUGUGGUACCUCUAGGGACCAUACUACGAGUGGUGAGUCUAGGGACCAUUAUACGAGAGGUGAAUCUAGGGACAAUUAUACGAGUGGUGCAUCUAGGGGUCAUACUGAUCAUACUACGAGUGGUGCAUCUAGAGACCAUACUACGAGUGGUGCAUCUAGAGACCAUACUACGAGUGGUGCAUCUAAGAAUCAUACUACGAGUGGUGCAUCUAAACACCAUACUACGAGUGGUGCAUCUAAGGAUCAUACUACGAGUGGUGCAUCUAAAGACCAUACUACGAGUGGUGCAUCUAGAGACCAUACUACGAGUGGUGCAUCUAGAGACCAUACUACGAGUGGUGCAUCUAGAGACCAUACUACGAGUGGUGCAUCUAGGGACCAUUAUACGAGUGGUGCAUCUAAGGAUCAUACUACGAGUGGUGCAUCUAGAGACCAUACUACGAGUGGUGCAUCUAGAGACCAUACUACGAGUGGUGCAUCUAAGAAUCAUACUACGAGUGGUGCAUCUAAAGACCAUACUACGAGUGGUGCAUCUAAGGAUCAUACUACGAGUGGUGCAUCUAAAGACCAUACUACGAGUGGUGCAUCUAGAGACCAUACUACGAGUGGUGCAUCUAGAGACCAUACUACGAGUGGUGCAUCUAGGGAUCAUACUACGAGUGGUGCAUCUAGAGACCAUACUACGAGUGGUGCAUCUAGAGACCAUACUACGAGUGGUGCAUCUAAGAAUCAUACUACGAGUGGUGCAUCUAAACACCAUACUACGAGUGGUGCAUCUAAGGAUCAUACUACGAGUGGUGCAUCUAAAGACCAUACUACGAGUGGUGCAUCUAGAGACCAUACUACGAGUGGUGCAUCUAGAGACCAUACUACGAGUGGUGCAUCUAGGGACCAUUAUACGAGUGGUGCAUCUAAGGAUCAUACUACGAGUGGUGCAUCUAGGGGUCAUACUGUGAGUGUUGCAUCUAGGGAUCAUACUAUGAGUGGUGCAUCUAGGGGUCAUACUAUCAAUGGUGCAUCUAGGAAUUAUACUACGAGUGGUACAUCUAGGGACCAUUAUACGAGUGGUGCAUCUAAGGAUCAUACUACGAGUGGUGCAUCUAAGGACCAUACUACGAGUGGUGCAUCUAGGGAUCAUACUACGAAUGGUGCAUCUAAAGACCAUACUACGAGUGGUACAUCUAGGGACCAUUAUACGAGUGGUGCAUCUAAAGACCAUACUACGAGUGGUGCAUCUAGGGAUCAUACUACGAGUGGUGCAUCUAGGGACAAUUAUACGAGUGGUGCAUCUAGGUACCAUAAUAAGAGUAUCAAUAUUUAUUUUUCGUUUUUCGAAACUUGCUUGCGAGAGCGACCGCUUUGUCCUUUGAAAGAGCCACACCUCUGGAGAGGAUUAAUUGAAAGUACAAAUGCCAUUGAUAUUUGCUGCUCGAUUUUCAACCAAAGUAGGCAGAAUUGA